AUGGAAUUGUGUGAUGGAGGAGAUUUAGAUACUUUUUUAAGUGAGUAUGCAGCACAACAUCAUGACUAUCUCCCACUUGAUUUAGUUAGUAAUUUAUUUAAACAAAUAGCAGCGUCUCAACAUUAUCUUCAUUUUGAAAAAGGAUUUAUUCAUCGUGAUAUUAAAUUAGAAAACUUCUUAUUAGUUAAACAUGAACCUUAUCCUAUUGUCAAAAUUGCUGAUUUUGGAUUUGGUCGUGCUAUUGCUGAUGUAAUGGCUACUUUUAAAGGUACUCCAUUAUUUACUUCACCACAAAUUAUUAGAAAACAACCUUAUACAUCUAAAACAGAUUUAUACUCAAUUGGAGUAUGUCUAUAUCGACUUACAACAUGUCAAUAUCCAUUUUCUACAACAAAAAAAGAAUUUUAUAGUCAAAUGAAAGAAAGAAAAGAGGUAGAAUUUCCUCUUCGAUUUAGAGAAGAUACUCGAUAUACUGAACUUAUUGACUUAGUGAAAAAAUUAAUGUGUUAUGAUGAAGAUAAACGAAUAUCUUGGGAAGAUUUCUAUAAACAUCCAUACAUGAACCACAUUUAA